GGCUCGUGCGGGGGAUCCCGGGGCCCUGGGGGCCGCCCCUUGCUCGGCCUCCCUCCACGCGCCCGUGGCCUGCCGGGAGCCUCGGCGUUCACAGCUGUCGGUGGGGCUGGGACCUGGGCAGAGGUCGAGGCCCGGGACCUCAGAGACACUGGGUCCUCAGGUUGUCCCCCCGGAGAGAAGGCCCACCAGGCGGGGGCAUCAGGCGCGCCCUUCUUUCUGCGUGGUCGAGCUUGGGCGUCACCGACUGGGGGCGUUUCCCGAGAACGCCGGGGAUCCCCUAGGCCAGGUGGUGGAGAGUUGGGGAGAAUCCAGAGGACAUAUCGUUGUAAUCGUUUUCGUCCUUUACCUUCUUACUGCCAAGGCUGCUGUGAAAGGCCCUGCCUCUGCUGUGAAGUAACAGUUUGUGGCCAGACAAGUCCAGAACCAAGACGUUGUCAUCACAGGAACGUGGAGCCCGGCAGUGGGACCAGCUUCAUCCGGUCGAGAUGGUGGACACAGAGAGCCCGAUCGGUCCCCUCUCCCCCCUCGAGGCUGAUGAUCUGGAAAGCCCACUCUCUGAAGAAUUCCUACAAGAAAUGGGAACCAUUCAAGAUAUUUCUCAGUCCAUUGGUGAGGACAGUUCUGGAAGCUUUAGUUUUACAGAAUACCAGUAUUUAGGAAGUGGUCCAGGAUCAGAUGGCUCCGUUAUUACAGACACCCUCUCACCAGCCUCGAGUCCCUCGUCCAUCUCUUACCCUGUGGUUCCUGGCAGCGCCGAGGAAUCGUCCAGUGUAGCACUGAACAUCGAGUGUAGAAUCUGUGGGGACAAAGCCUCGGGCUACCAUUACGGAGUUCACGCAUGUGAAGGCUGCAAGGGUUUCUUUCGGAGAACUAUUCGGCUAAAGCUGGCAUAUGACACAUGUGACCGUAGCUGCAAGAUUCAGAAAAAGAACCGGAAUAAGUGCCAGUAUUGUCGUUUUCACAAGUGCCUUUCAGUUGGGAUGUCCCAUAAUGCGAUUCGUUUUGGACGAAUGCCAAGAUCGGAAAAAGCAAAAUUGAAAGCAGAAAUCCUUACAUGUGAACAUGACCUAGAAAAAAAUUCUGAAACCGCAGAUCUCAAAUCUCUCGCUAAGAGGAUUUACGAGGCCUAUUUGAAGAACUUCAACAUGAACAAGGUUAAGGCCCGGGUCAUCCUCGCGGGAAAGGCCAGCAACAAUCCGCCUUUUGUCAUACACGACAUGGAGACGUUAUGUAUGGCCGAGAAGACUCUCGUGGCCAAGUUGGUGGCCAACGGCAUCCAGAACAAGGAGGCAGAGGUCCGCAUCUUCCACUGCUGCCAGUGCACGUCUGUGGAGACGGUCACGGAGCUCACGGAAUUCGCCAAGUCCAUCCCGGGGUUCGCAAACUUGGACUUGAACGACCAAGUCACUUUGCUGAAAUACGGAGUUUACGAGGCCAUAUUUGCAAUGCUGUCUUCUGUGAUGAAUAAAGACGGGAUGCUGGUAGCAUAUGGAAAUGGUUUUAUAACUCGUGAAUUUCUAAAAAGCCUAAGAAAACCAUUUUGUGAUAUCAUGGAGCCCAAGUUCGAUUUUGCAAUGAAGUUUAAUGCACUGGAGCUGGACGACAGUGAUAUUUCCCUUUUUGUGGCUGCUAUAAUUUGCUGUGGAGAUCGGCCCGGCCUUCUAAACGUGGGACAUAUUGAAAAAAUGCAGGAGGGUAUCGUGCACGUGCUCAAACUUCACUUACAGAGCAACCAUCCCGACGACGUCUUUCUCUUCCCAAAACUCCUGCAAAAGAUGGCAGAUCUGCGGCAGCUGGUCACGGAGCAUGCGCAACUGGUGCAGGUAAUCAAGAAGACAGAGUCCGACGCCGCCCUGCACCCGCUGCUGCAGGAAAUUUACAGGGAUAUGUACUGAUUUCUUGGAAAUGCACACAAAAAAAGAAACGUUUCAAGCGUUUUUAAAGGCGACAGCACUACAAGUGAGAGAUGGGAGCAACGCAACUUUGCACAAAUGUCACCAUUUGAACCUGGGACAAAGGAAAGUAUAAGCUCUAGGUAACCGGAAUCCUGUUCCAUGUUUCUUUCUUUUUUUAACCACUGCUUCAAGAAAUGCUGGUGAUAAACAGCUAUUAGUCAGGACUUGGAAAAUUAUGCAGAAUGGUGUUCAGUGGUCUGAUUUAAUGCACCCGAUGUGAAUCAAUGCAGAUUUCUUUGUCACCUUAGGAAUUUACUGGUGAAUUAACCUCAAAAUACGUGGUCUGUCUUCCCUUUGCACCACGUUUUGACUGUUGUGCUCCUUUAUAAUUUUGAAAACUAAUCAGCACUUUUUAAUUUUUAUAAUCCUGUAAACCUAGAUGUCUCCAAAGGUUAGGUAUUUAAAAAGUUUCCUGAAUUUGAAGAAAGACAACAUGCCGGUUUUGAAUCGUAGGAUUUAGAAUGUCAAAGAAUGAUUCGAUAAGCUAUCAAAAUGCAGCAAUUGUUUUGUUUCAGUUCGCUGUUUUCAUGGUGUAACUAAUAUGUGAAAAAGCCUGUUCCCAGGUUUGUGUAGAAGAUCCCGGAAAGCCACGUCUCACGGGCCCUCUGGACUCGAUCCUCCGCCUGUUUAAAGCUAGUGUCUGUGGUCAGCAGGAACAAGACAGACUCUGAAGCAUGUCAGCUUCCCAUUCCUCUCACCUCCAUUUCCGAUCAAAUCUGAACCAACUGACUCAGGCUGUUUGGGGGCCAUGGUCACGUCUCCAGGGGCAAAGUGACAAGUUAUUUGUAAAUCUUGCGCUGGGCCCCCUCUGUCAAGGCAGCUCCUUGGUCUUUUUCUGUGUUGCUUUUUUAAACAUGCGGCUUAAUUUUUAUAACUCUUGCUGUGGUAGCUGCUCCCUGGAGUGGAGAAGACGAGGCACAGGUGACUUUAUCCUGUGGCCUGGGGGCAGGGGUCUCAUCUGGAGAAUGAACGGGCCAGGCCGGGGCGGGGGGCGGGUGUGGGGUGGAUACGAAAUGGUGGUUGUACUCAUCUCAGGAUGCACAACAGGCUGGUGGUUUUUACAAAGAUUUUGAGAGUUGUUCCCUUUUCCAACUACAUAUGUGAGGUAGUUUUGCCAUUAUCUGCAAUAUCUGUUUCAGCCUUAAAGAUCAACUUUUCAACCUUGGUCCAGUUAGGAAGGCGGUAUGGAAUAUGGUUUUCGUCUAGAGCACACGGACCUGGAAAUCCUCUUUUUCUGUCCACCAUGGUAGAUGAAUGGUCCCAUCAGGGAACUUUCAGCAGUGCCUCCCCCGAGCCAGACUGGGCUGAUCCUGCCAGUUCAGCCCCCGGAUGCCUCUUGGGCGACAGCAUUUACGACCUGGUUGUACCCUGGGUGCCCCUCCCCCUCUAUCUUUAGGAAAUUUGGUUCUAUAAGGUCAUUAUUAUUUGCCGUUAAAGAAUGGCUAGGAUUGAAUUUGAUAAAGUUCCCAAGAUCAGCAUUAUUGUAAAUAAAACUGUGAGACUUCAACUAGAGAAAAGCAAAACUUACAAUUAGGACAUCCUUUUACACAUUACACGUUUAGUGGUGUGUUUUAUCUUUAUUUCUUUUAAAGAUCCAAUCAGAGGAUCUGCUGGAAGCAAAUCAAAGCAUUUCCACUUCAGAAUGACACCAAUCAGGGGUUGCCCUAAGUCAGAAAGGAGUUAAGCUCUGAGUCACAGGGUGCAUCCGUGUCCCCAUUCUUUCCUCAAAUGCGAACUCCCUGGGCUGAUGAGCCUGGAGGCCUGUGGCUUGUCCAAGGUCUCGGGGCAGGAUCCCGGUGCCAGGCGUAUGUGGCCUCUUGCUCUGGUGUCUUGGGACAGAUCUAUUCAAAGGGACACAGCGUCGGAAAGUGAGCCUUGAGACUCAGGCUUUUGGAAGGGUUGUCUGUUCUGUUUAGCUUCUCAUACAGCCUGUCUGAAAGAGCUCCUAGCUCACGCGCGCCACGGGAGCAAGCUGAUGGCGGGCGCAGGUUCCGCAUCAGCGGCGUUAGUGAGCAUCUGGUCCCCUUGGGGCCCAGCUAGACCACCAGCAAUGCCCCUGGCGAAGCCACAGAGGACCUCAGCUUGAAAGCCACUUGACACUGUUCACUUGUUAAUAGGAAGAAAUUCAUCUGAAAUAACAGAGUCACUAAUUGCUACUCUGAGUAUUUGUGGUCCCCUAGUCAAAGAUUUCUCCAAGCACUGAGUCAAAUAUAGACGAAUCAUUCACCAGUUCAAUAUAUGGUCGUUUUUCGAACAGUAGCUAUUUAAAGAGCACACUCUGGCUUGCUAGGUUUCAGUAGACGUCAGCAUGAGGUCCAGUGGAAGCAGGUUCCGGAAGCUUCAGACCACAAGCGUGGAGCUGGCAGCCCGGGAUGCUGGAUGCGGAACCUGGCAGGACCCCCUUUCACCACCUUGACCCACUCUUCAAGCCACUGUUUAAACCUGGUUCUUCCUUUCCUCGACUUGUCAUCACAGGAAGUGCCAGACUCCUCAGAGACCACAGAUUACCAGGCAGCCUUUGUCUGGGAAGCGGGGACCAUGGGGCUCCUCCAGGACACCCUGCUGCCGUCCUGCCAACACGCCUCCUCUCUGCCUCCUGGGCAUUUCCAGUUGGGGGUCCCACGCCCCGCCUUCUGCCCCUGCCACCCUGUGAGAAGCCUGAGGGCUUCACAUGCAGGACGCCACCGCCCUGACGGCCAGCAUUGUCAGAAACAGGGCGCCCCGGCCGUCAGAGGAGCACUUUGACUACUGUCAGAGCACCGGAGCCCUUCCUGCUGCCCGCCCGGCCUCCGGUUUCCCUGUGACCUUUCUACAGCUCCCCGCUGAGAAGUGUUUCAAGCAUCUUCCCAAAGAGGAUACAUGCACAGGGGUAAACAGUGAAUGUGAAUGGAGGGGAAAGAAUUUCAGAAUUCCAGAAUGUCCGUGAGAGCUGUCCCUGUUAAAGGGAGUCCUUCCUUCUACUUUAAGAGCACAGAACGCACCUUUCCACGGUACUGAUGCGUUUCCUACACUGGGCCACAUGAAACUCUAAGGAAACAGACGACCUUGAGGACAGUGGACGUUCCAGCAAAGGGCAGCAGCCUAAGAUCUGAGCAGAAGCUCAAGGCCCACGUAAGAUCCUUUGUUUGAUACAUGGUGAUAAGUACUAUUAAUUGAGCAACUACUGUUUUCCCAAACCUACAGCAUGACAGCUACCUCAAUAGAGCUAUCAAAAGAUACUGUUAAAAUUAAGGUCCACGUAACACUGGGCCUUUUGGUGCAGCUCUAGGCAGACCAUCUAUUGUUAGGGCUCAGAGGCUGGAUGCUCACCUUUGCUGUGUGCACACUGAGAAAUGGAAGGUUUUGUGGAGUUUUAAGGGAAUUUUAUUGUUUAAAGGGAGCCUUGGGAAUUCCCUGGUGGUCCAGUGGUUAGGACUCCACCCUUUCACUGCCGAGGGCCCAGGUGACCUGCUCACCCAGGGCCGCCUCCUCUUGAGCUGUGCCUGCUGGCCACGCGUGAGCCUGUUCAUGGGGGAGAUCCUGGCAGAUAAGGGUGGAGAGAUGCCUCCGUGCAAGCCUUAGUCACACCGUGGCUUCACGAGGCCUCGCCACGCCCCAGCCCCCCCUGUGCCCCUCUGUGCCCGACUCCUUUUCAAGCCACUGUGACACUGGGCACGUUUGACACCUGGUGGCCAGAUGCACGAUGGAGGGUUUUUGGUUUUUUGUUUUUGUCUUGACCCAAUAACCACACCUGUCUCUGGAAUGUCUUAAAAAGUCCUGUUUAAAUAUAAGUCCAUUGUUUCAACCAGGGAGUCCGGCGCUCCCAGCUAAGACCAACUUGAUCACCGGCAUGGCCUUUUAUGGGGGCUUCCAGGGACCGGGGGAAAACCAGCCACCUUCAAGUGCCUCUUCCACCCGUGUGGCCUUUCAAAGCGCAGAUCCCAGGAGGAAGACUGUGCCAGGUGCUCACGGCUCCCCACCUGCGCUGUCGAUGCAAGUUCCUGCCGUCGCCUCCAAUCCUCAGCCCCGUCUUCAAGUGGAAAACACCAGCUUGGACGAAGGGCCGCCUGGCGGUGCAGGGUUAGGCCCAGGGGUGGCCUGCUUCCCGCACUUCCCGCCCCUGCAUUUAAGACGGGCAAGGUUGCGGCGAGGCGCUCCCUGUGAGUUAGCCCGGUGCCUGGGCUGCACGUGUUCCUGGAGGGGUCACUUGUUCUUAGGUUCACAACAGUGGUGUUGACUCAGGAGAUGCGAGGAAAUUGUACUGUCCAUAGAAGUUGCAAACUAAGACCGAUGCCACCAGCGGGGGGCUCAGCGAUUAUUAAAAAGUGUCCAGGGAGGAUUUUCGCCACACUCACGGUUCCCACGGUGUUUGUGGUGUGGGCACUGGACGGUUCCAGAGACAGACUGUCUGUAUUUAUUCUUCUCAUCUUGUAAGCGGCCCAGCUUCUCUUAAGUGUUGGUCCAAGCUGAUUUACGGGGCUCCCCCGGGAUUGUGGGUUCUUACCAACCAAGAGCUGGUAUGGAGCUGCAUGGAGCUGUCAGCUAAGGGGACUCUUGCCUUCCUGACAGCAGUGACUUCCAGGCGGCACAGCAGGAAGGCUCCGCAGACAGCUCGGCUGGGAGGAGCGAACGAAGGGCCGAAGGGCCAUGACAGUGACUGCUGACAGCGUCCCCACCCCCGCUAACUGGGCGCUUUCCUCCUCCUCAGUGCAAGGACUUUUCCGGUGGCGUGUUCUCCUCUAGGGACCUUCUGCCCAGAAAGAUCUAAGGUUAGGCUCCAAAGGUUGAGGUCUAAAAGUUUUUGCUGAGAUUUGUAUCUAUUUUUAGGUGCCAUUUUAAUACCAUUCAGGAAAAUGGUCGUGGACCCUCAGCCCGUGAAACACACGGGAGAGACAGCAAAGGACUCAGAACACAGGAGGCCCGUCCUACUUCUGUGGAAACUACGGGACAAACUGAAAUGUGAUAGUGGAAGUUCUGCAAGGAAAAGACUAAGACAACGCGUCUCCACACUUUCACUUAAAGUAUUAUGUAACGCUCUGCACAAUGCUGUGUCUGUGGAACGCGGCAGGUCCUUAACCUUAUCUCAGCAGAGUGGGCUGCUGCGGGUGUGGCUGCUUGUUAGGGCAGAGAGUGAGAAGCCGCCGCCCAGGGCUCAUUUCCAGACGCCCUUUCCCGGCUCGAGGCACCCGGACUCCUCAGAUCUAGAGGGGGGCUCUCGACAGACCAUCUGCUUCUCAGAAUUUCAGUCUGAGAUAAGAGAAGUGUAACCGUUUACUUCCACCCCCCUGAGAAAGGGGGGCCAUAUACCGUGGUCCAAGGGGAACACAUGCGGUCACAUCCUUCUGGAAUCCUUUGCCACAUAGAAGACCACACUGCAUCCACGUCAACGUCACCUCUUGACUACAGCAACUGGUAAACAUCAAGGACCUCAGGCCCCGUGGCUGUUAAAUGCAUUACAUGAAAAAAAUCAAAGAAAUAGCAAUUUUUUACAUCACAAAUAGCAAAUUAAGACCUGGGUCAGGUAUUUUUCAUUUAAAAUGUGUUUGCUAGUUUGGGUGGAAUGUGAAAAGCUUCCAUGUUUUUCCCCCGCUGAAGGUAAUACACCAGCCUCCUCCUCUCUUGCCCUUCUCCCCCCGCUGUCACCCUCAGCAUCUAAAAUUCAUUAAGUGAUGAACAUUACAGCGUCAUGGCAGCCGGAGCGCAGACAAGCUCCCCAGGUGAGCCCUGGCUCCCCCGACAAGGGGUGGGGGCCGCUGAGCCUCCAGGCCCUGAACACAAGUGAGUGGCUCAUCUUUUCAAGGUCAAAUCAUUCACUUUGGGCAAAUGUCUUCUCUUUUUAAAGGCACAGGCGGUCUGGUCCUUUUUUCAGGCCUGAAAAAAAAUGUACCUCACACGAGAUGGAUACCACUCAGUGCAGUUUUUGGUAAAAUUACAGUAUUCGGGUUCGAGUAUCACUAUUUUUUCUACACUGUAUGGUAAAAAAAGAACUAUGUUAAUAGCUAUAUCUUAAAUACUGUGAUUUGAGGGUUUUUAAAAAAAAUCCUAAUGUAAAUAUUUUACUCACAAUCACGCAUCUAAUAGCAAACAUUGGGAUUCUUCUGCAAUCAGUGUUAACUGACGUAUACUCUCACUAGCCUGGCUCUCGGACGUGUUGGAAACACACAGGAAGCUGAAAUAUCACAACUGAAAUACAAGCGCACGCACGCACACACACACAUCAGAGCUCUCCUUCUCUCCUGAGCCAUGUGGAAUUCACUUCCCUGUAAACCUGUUCCCUUCCUCAUGCUUCCUCACACACGAAUGAGUCUGUUCUAUCAUUUCUACCACCAAGGCUGCCUCUGACCCAGGUCAGAAGUCACCGAUUUCACACAGGAGGAUCCCGCUGGAGACCAUGAACUAUUCCUGUGUAGUAAGUAGCUGUCUGUUCUUCAGGGAAUUACUACCUGUGGGUUGUUACCAAAGAACUUUGCAAUUUGCAAGAUGCUGAUGGCAGUGACUGGCAACGGCUGGGUCUCUGCCAGCCUCCAGAGCCCAACCCGGAGUAUAAAGCGGAAGCCACAGAGCCCGUGAGCCUCCCACACGAUGUUUUCCAUACCUUGGCAGAUUUCUUCCUGAUGGGGAUCUGUACCGCCCCCGGGACCCACAGGGCCGUCACAUCCAAACCCAGGGGGAGCCUUUGCCAGACGCACGGCAGAGUGGUGCAGGUUCCCAAAGCCAGGGCUGAGCUCGAGUCCUUGGCGUGUGUUUAUCGUUACUGUUCUUGGGUGCCUUAUACUCUCAAAGUAUUUAGGGGCUGACAGACCCUUUGUGUUUUAUACUAAACAGGAGCGAUUCCAAAGCAGAUCUUUUCUGAGCAGGCUCUGACGCCCUCUCUCCAGCCCAGACCCUCUGGGUGUGAUUGGCGGGGAAUCCGGGGCCGCAGGCAGCCAGGGUGUGCAGAGGAGAGCAAAUGGAAUCUUAGUCACUUUACUGGCAGUGGUUCCAGGCAAUUAGAAAAUGGCUAUAAAAUAACUUUAAUUUUUGUUUAAUUUUGGGUCUUACUCAUUUUCCCUUUAGGAGAUUGAACUGAUCGUAUAUAUUGAUUUCUAUCCUGAAUUUACGGGAACUUAUAUGUUUGGAAUGUCCUACUGUAAGACUGAUGAAUGUAAAGAGUUAAUUUCAGGGUACAGUUUUGCCUUAAUGGUUUUAAAAAAUAAACUAUUUUUAAAAAUUA